AUGCGCUUCGUUUCUCUGGCGGUAGCGGUCUCGAGUCUGACCUGGUCAGUUGCGGGAUCGCCAACCUCCCAAGUCAUGAACCAGCUACCCAGCGGACUCCCAUUCCCAGAUGCAAAUCAAGUUGAGGGCAUCGAGAAGGCUGCCCAUGGCACUUUGCCAAAUGGGCCGCCUCCACCUGUGAUCAGCAACCAGGGGAUUGUGAAUCUCAAGUUGAUCGCCUUCAAUGAGCUAUUCGAAAUUGCCUUCUUCAAUGAGCUCGUCAACAAUGUGACCAACAAGGUCGAUGGCUACACGUUCGAGAGAGGGACAGAUCGGGCCAACAUGCUCGAUGCACUGAAAGCCAUUCUAGCGCAAGAGGAACUGCAUGCUCUCCGCGCCAACGAUGCCUUGAAACACUUCAAAAUUCCCCAAGUGAAACCAUGCAAAUACAAAUUCCCCGUGCAAACCCUCGACUCGGCCAUCACUCUCGCCACAACCUUUACCGAUGUCGUUCUCGGCACCUUGCAAGACGUCGUUGAGCGAUUCGCGCUCGGCCGCGAUUUUGACCUGGCACGUGAGAUUUCCUCCAUCAUCGGCCAGGAAGGAGAGCAGCAAGGCUGGUUCCGCACACUUCUGGGCAAAAGGCCCAGUGAACUUCCAUUCUUGACAACUGGUAACCUCAACUUUGCAUUCACGGCCAUUCAAGGCUUCGUUGUUCCAGGCAGCUGCCCCAACAUUGCCGAGAUUCCAUUGCGCACUUACGAGGAACUGAAAGUGCUUUCGACGCCGGCGCCGCAGAACCAGAUUCUCACUUUCCAGUUCAACGAUCCCGAUCAUGAAGCCAAGAACCCGCUUUGGUUGACCUAUAUCAAUCAGCAGAAUCUUCCGAUUGUGCAGCCUCUUCGUGUUAUGAGCCGUGACGCGGGUACCAAGGUGGUUAAAGCGGAGGCGCUGUUCCCUUAUGAGAAUCAUAAGAUGAACGGGUUGACUAUCGCUUCGGUGACAAAGUCUGCUGGCCCAUUUGGUGAUGCGAGCAAUGUGGCGAAAUGGGCUUUGGCAGGACCCGGUCUGAUUAUAAUUAAUUGA